AUGGCGACCGUUGCCUUGCCACGACCGAUACCCCAUCGCAAUACCGCCACUGACAGCAAUCCCAUCACUCCUCCGCACACGCUUCAGGACGUCGGCCCCUCUGCUUCGUCUCAGAAAUGCAUCGUUCCCUUGCCUAACAGGCACAUCCCGGCCUGUCCCACCGGUCCGUCCAAGGCAGGCGACAUCGACACACCACCCGAGUCGCCCCAAGAUACCGACGAGUACCAGUACCAGCAGACAUCCCUCCUCUACCCACCGGAUGCCUACACGCGAAUUGACGACGGCGAUUUGUCCAUAUAUGAGAUCGAUGCCGACCAAAUCGCCGACUCCUUGAGCUUUGCCGCCGGCCAACCACUACCCCCUCCUUCGACCGUUUUCCCCUGGCUACACGGCCUACACCCGAACAAUCAGAUGCAGCAAGCUUUUUUCAUGGGCCGCCGCAGUUGCCCGAGGAGUACGCCAUCAUCACUCCGAGCCGUGACCUUGGUGAAAGCCGACGGAGAUCUGACCGUCGCUCGUCUCAAAGGAGCCAUCGCUCCAGAUGAGUUUCUGCGCUCCGGUCCCAACCCUGACUUCAUCGAGGCAGAUCCUGCCGAUGGGUUUUCUGUCCGCAACUUUCAGAUUCAGCCAGCAAAGGUCGCCUUCACAUCCGACAUAAUCGUCUACGGCAAUGACCUUGGGGAGACGCGCAGGGUCGCUUGGGCCGUUGCCGGCGCCCAGCUACGAUGGCGUCAAUUGCACCGAACGCAGGGUAAAUCCCUACCCGAGUACAACACUUUUUUCUGCACAAGCACGUUCGACGAUUUUGUACGACGCCACGGCGAUCUCGUUGCCGUCGAUUCUGCGGGGAAUCUCACCGGAAAUGUUCUCGACUUCGUCCACCAAGAGCGAAGGGAGAUGUGGAACAUGACGGAGGCUUCCGAGAUCUCGCACAAUGUCUUCUUGGGACCCACGCCAGAAUCUGGCAGUGCUGAGGAACGGAAGUUCGAAAUUCUGAUCGAAUGCAGCGAUCUCGGUCGACUGAAUCCGACAGCGUUGAAGCUCAUUGCUGAGGGCGGCGACGGCUUUGUCUCCCGCUCAUUCAUCGACUUCCCUUCAUCAGGCAGCAUCCUUCCUCCAACCUGGUCGCAUGAUGAUGCAGAUGCCAUCUUGGACACCUGUCGUUGGAUUUACCAUCUCGCCCACGGCGCCCCCGGACACUCAUCGGAACAACCUGGACAAGCUGCGGAACCAAAACUUACCCGUCCCCGCAAAAUCCUCAUUCAUUGUGCAGAUGGCUACACGGAGUCGACUCUGCUCGGCAUCGCCUAUUUCAGCUACAGCACCGGUCGCCCGAUACCGGAUGCCUGGGUCCAUCUUCAUACUAUCAAGAACCGAAACUUUUUCGCCUAUCCGACCGAUGUAGCUCUGUUGACGGCCAUAGCACCGCGUCUGUUACGCGAGUCCCCUCUCUGUGCCGGUCAGAAUCUUGGCGAGGGUACAAAUUCGGCCCAGAACGAGCCUCAAUGGCUCUCCAGUUUGGACGGAUCCUUUCCAAGUAGAGUAUUGGACUACUUGUAUCUUGGGAAUCUCGGGCACGCAAACAAUCCGGAUCUCCUCAGGCAACUUGGCAUCAGCCAAAUACUCAGUGUCGGUGAGACUGCUACCUGGAAAGAUGAUGACAUGAAGGCCUGGGGGGCCGAAAACAUGUGUGUGGUCCAAGGAGUUCAGGAUAACGGCAUCGAUCCAUUGACCGAAGAAUUUGAUCGCUGUCUUGAAUUCAUAGGUGAGAGCUAUCACGCGGAACCGCACCGGAUUCCUUUUACAAUCCUGAACAGCAUGCCCUAA